ACCCUAUUUACCCUCUCUCGCAUUAUAGACCAGACGCCACUCGAAAACACCACAAUUUUAUGCAAACUCGACAAGAGCUGCUCCACUGAUUCAACUCGAUCGUUAACUCGAAAUUCAUGCGAAAAGAUGAGUUCCUUUUCAAUUACUCGUAAGAAAACACCUUUCCAGAAGCAUCGAGAGGAGGAAGAAGCGAAAAAGAAGAGGGAAGAUGAUGAAACGGCUCGUUUGUACGCCGAGUUUGUGGAGUCAUUUCAAGGUGAUCAUACUCCUGGCUCUAAAGCUUUUGUUCGCGGUGGAACUAUUAAUCCUAAUGACAAAUUAAAGGCUGAUGCUGAAGGUGAAAAGUCCAAAGAUGGGGUUUCUGUUCCAAAAAAGGGAAGUAGGUAUGUUCCAUCUUUCUUGCCACCUCCGAUGGCAAUCAAGGGAAAGGAAUCUGAGAAGGUACAAAAGGAGGAGGAAAAACUAAAAGACAAAGAUAAAAGCAAGACAAGGAACAUAGAUCAUUUCAUGGAGGAGCUGAAGCAUGAACAAGAGUUGAGAGAGAAGCGAAAUCAGGAACGUGAUAGUUGGCGUGAUGGACGUGCUAUUGAGAUUGCUGCUCCAUCUAGUAGGUUUGAUGAACUUCCUGAUGACUUUGAUCCAAGUGGAAAGGGAUCAUUUGAUGAUGGUGAUCCACAAACGACAAAUCUUUAUGUUGGAAAUCUAUCUCCUCAGGUUGAUGAGAAUUUUCUUCUGCGGACAUUUGGUAGAUUUGGGCCUAUUGCUAGUGUUAAGAUAAUGUGGCCCAGAACAGAAGAAGAGAAAAGAAGGCAGAGAAAUUGUGGUUUUGUUGCAUUUAUGAACAGAGUUGAUGGACAGGCUGCAAAAGAUGAAAUGCAAGGAGUUGUUGUAUAUGAAUAUGAGUUGAAGAUUGGGUGGGGUAAAUCUGUGGCUCUUCCAUCACAAGCUCUACCUGCUCCACCACCGGGACAUAUGGCCAUCAGGAGUAAGGAGGGUGCCACCGUAAUUCUCUCUGGUCCUUCAGGCCCGCCGGUGACUUCAAUCUCAAAUAACAAUUCUGAACUGGUUCUUACCCCAAAUGUUCCUGAUAUAAUGGUUGUUCCGCCUGAUGAUGAUCAUCUUCACCAUGUAAUUGAUGCAAUGGCCCUGUAUGUUUUGGACGGAGGAUGUGCUUUUGAACAAGCUAUCAUGGUGAGGGGUCGUGGUAAUCCUCUUUUCAACUUCUUGUUCGAGCUUGGAUCAAAGGAACAUACAUACUAUGUUUGGAGGCUCUAUUCUUUUGCUCAGGGUGAUACUCUUCAAAGAUGGCGAACAGAACCCUUCAUUAUGAUAACUGGUAGCGGAAGGUGGAUGCCACCCCCUCUACCCACAGUAAAAAUCCCAGAGCACGAAAAGGAGUCUGGCAACACAUAUGCUGCAGGAAAAAGCAGGCGUGUUGACCCUGAACGAACCCUGACUGAUCCACAGAGGGACGAGUUUGAGGAUAUGCUGCGUGCAUUAACAUUAGAAAGAAGUCGGAUAAAGGAUGCUAUGGGUUUUUCUUUAGAUAAUGCUGAUGCUGCUGGAGAGAUAGUCGAAGUUUUAACCGAGUCUCUAACUCUUAAAGAGACUCCAAUUCCAACUAAAGUUGCAAGGAUCAUGCUUGUCUCUGAUAUUCUUCACAAUAGCAGCGCUCCCGUGAAAAAUGCUUCAGCCUACCGUACAAAAUUUGAAGCCACACUGCCUGACAUUAUGGAAAGCUUUAAUGACUUGUAUCGUAAUAUAACUGGAAGGAUCACUGCUGAGGCGCUGAAGGAACGAGUUCUGAAAGUAUUGCAAGUUUGGUCGGACUGGUUUCUGUUUUCUGAUGCAUAUGUGAAUGGUUUACGGGCUACUUUUCUCCGAUCUAGUACCUCUGGUGUUGUCCCUUUUCAUUCAAUAUGUGGAGAUGCGCCAUCAAUAGAGAAAAAGGCAAGUUCAGAAGAUACAGGUGAGGGUGGAAAGACCAGCCAAGAUGGUGCAUUGGCAAUGGGCAAAGGAGCAGCAAUGAGGGAGUUGAUGAGUUUGGCCCUUUCUGAGCUGGAAAGACGUUGCAGACAUAAUGGCUUAUCACUGGUUGGUGGUAGAGAAAUGAUGGUUGCGCGAUUGCUUAGUCUUGAAGAGGCAGAAAAAUUGAGAGGCUAUGAAUUAGAUAAUGACUUAAAAGUUUCUAGUAAAUUUUCAAGUGGCCACAGAGAAACAAAUGCUGAAUCGGAGCCAGUGGGAUUGUCAGGAUGGAAUCAUCCUUAUGGGGAGGAUGAGAGGCAGUCUCAAAGCAGAGAUUCUGCAUCAUUGGCAACAGCCUUCUCCAUUCCACAACCAGAAUUAAAAGCCUUCACAAAGAAAGAGAAAAAUGAGCCUGUUUUGCCGGCAUCUAAAUGGGCUCGAGAUGAUGAUGACAGUGAUGAUGAGCAAAAGAGAAGUACUAAAGGUUUGGGGUUGAGUUACUCAUCCUCUGGAAGUGAGAAUGCUGGUGAUGAUGGCCCAGGUAAGGCUGAUGAUGCAAUAGAGUUUGCUACGGAGGCUAGCAUUCCAAUGCAACCUGACAGCACCAUGAAUGAAGAACAGAGGCAAAAGUUGAGAAGGUUAGAGGUUGCUUUGAUGGAAUACCGGGAAUCACUUGAAGAGCGAGGAAUGAAAAAUGCAGAUGAAAUUGAGAGGAAAGUUGCAAUCCAUCGAAAGCGGCUACAAUCUGAUUAUGGCUUAAUAAGCUCUUCUCAUGAUGUCCCUGGGAACAGCAAGAGAACAUCUGCAGAAAGGAGGGAAAAAAGGGAUGACAGUCAUGAAUCUUCAAGAAAGCGACUCCGCAGCCAGAGUGGCAGUCAGAGCCCACAACGGAAGGCAUCAACCAAGGACAGGGAAAGGGAAAGGGAAAAUGAUUCAGACAGGGACCGGGAAAGGCAUAAGGAUAGAGAGAGAGGUCAUGAUUUGGAAGGUGAAAGGCGGGAAAGGAAUCACCGUGAAAAGAGUGGAAGUAGAGAGCGUGACGAUAAUGAUAGAGAAAGAGCCAAAGAAAGAGAUAGAGAUAGGGAUAGAGAUAGGAGGAGAAGAGUAAAGUGAGUUUAACUUGGUCAGUUACGGCGCUCAAGAAUAUCAAGUUUCUUAACCAAUGUCUGAGUUGAUAGUUUUCAUAAUCUCAAUGGACGUAAAAUUUGUUUGAAUGGUGUAAGGUCUGAAAAUCAAAGAGGUCCAGUCCAGAUGAAGAGAUUAACAAGCUUUUGAGUUUCUGCCAUUGAAUAUAUCUACUCCAUAAAGCUGUGAAAUGCACGCUUACUUGCUCAACCAUGUUGUAGUUAGAUAUAUAUAUAUUUGGAGACUUCAGUGAAGUAUUAAUUACCUCGGUUAUGUUUUUAAUGCUCAACUGUUCUAUGUAUUGGUGCUAAAAUUAGCUCUCUUGUAGCCGUUACAUGUUCAAUUUAUAUUUUUUCCCCGUAUGUAAUGGAUCUUCCUCGGCUUCUAAAUUGGUAAUUGUUGUGCUAAA